AUGUCAUUAUUCAUUAAAAUAAUCUAUUCAUAUAUUUAUCUAUCUAUCAUUAUAUAUAUCUAUCUAUCUAUCUAUUCAUCUCAUUAUCCAUAUCAUUAUCUAUCUAUCUAUCUAUCUAUCUAUAUAUCUAUAUCUAUCUAUUAUAUCUAUCUAUCUAUCUAUAUAUCAUCUAUCAUCAUACAUCUAUAUCUAUCUAUCUAUCUAUCUAUCUAUCUAUUCAUCUAUCUAUAUCUAUAUAUCUAUCUAUCAUAUUAUCUAUCUAUCUAUUAUCUUCAUAUAUAUCUAUCUAUUCAUAUCUAUCUAUAUAUCUAUCUAUAUCCAUCUAUCUAUCUAUAUAUUCAUUAUCUAUCUAUCUAUCUAUCUAUCUAUCUAUCUCACAUAUCAUCAUAUCUAUCUAUUAUCUAUCUAUCCAUAUAUCUAUAUCUAUCUAUCUAUUCAUAUUCAUUAUCUAUCAUCUAUCUAUCUAUCUAUCUAUAUAUAUCUAUCUAUUUAUCUAUAUAUAUAUAUAUAUCUAUCUAUUAUCUAUUAUCUAUCAUAUCUAUCUAUCUAUUCAUCUAUCUAUCUAUUCAUCUAUUAUCAAUCUAUAUAUUCAUCUAUUAUUCAUAUCUAUCAUAUCUAUCUAUCUAUCUUUUAUAUAUCUAUUUAUAUAUCUAUCUAUAUUCAGUAUUCAUCUAUGUAUAUUAUCUAAAUAUCUAUCUAUCUAUCUAUUAUCAUUAUACAACUCUAUCAGUCAUUAAUAUCCAUCUAUCUAUUUAUCUAUAUAAUAUCAAUCUAUCUACAUUAUCUAUCUAUCUAUGUAUCUAUCUAUCUAUAAUGUUUAUAUAUCUAUCUAUCUAUCUAUUUAUAUAUCCAUUUCAUAUAUCUAUCUAUCUAUCUAUCUAUCAUCUAUCUAUCUCAAUUCAUCUAUCACAUUAUCUAUCUAUAUAUAUAUCUAUCUAUUUAUCAUAUCUAUCUAUUUCAUUUUUUAUAUCGCCAUUAUCAUCUAUCUAUCUAUCUAAAUUAUAUACCAUCUAUCUAUCUCAUUAUCUAUCUAUCUAUAUAUCAAUAUACAUCUUGAAAAUAUAUAUAUCAAUCUAUUUAAAAUCUUUUCUGAUUUAUCUAUCUAGAUAUCUAAUAUCUAUCUAUCUAUAUAUCUAUCUAUCUAUAUAUCUAUCCAUCUAUCUAUCUGAAAAUAAAAGAUAA